AUGUCCCGACUUUUCUUUCCACCAGCCAACGUAUUGCGCUCAGUGUACCGACCAGUUUGCUUUCCUCUUUUCUCAGCACGUCAUGCGUCAAAGCUUGCCCCUGUGCUAACUGCCAACGCUCCACAACCAGUCGGUCCCUAUAGCCAAGCGAUUUCCGCACGCGGAGUGCUGUACCUUUCUGGCCAAAUCCCACUGACAUCAUCCGGGAUUCCUGUUCAGAGUGCUGACAUUAGGGAUCACACGCGUCAAGUGCUUGACAAUUUAUCUUCAGUGUUACAGGCCGGGGGGUCAAGUUUGGAACGCGUGGUUAAGGUGAAUGUGUUUGUGACGGAUAUUAAGCAGUUUGGUGCGGUCAACGAGGUUUAUGCUGAAUACUUUAAGACAAACACACCGGCAAGAAGUUUAGUUGAGGUUUCUGCAUUGCCGCUGGGUGUACCGUUGGAAAUUGAGGCUGUUGCUCUAGUGGAAGAGAAGUGA